AUGGCUACGGGAGCACAGCCAGGAGUACGACGCCACAACGCCGUCCGAAUGACACUCCAGAACAGCGGAGAAGGGGGCAGCGAUGCUAGUGGUCCCCCCCAGGUGGCACAAGGGGCAAAGGGCGCAGCCGUAAGGGGCGCCGCCGAGCCAGCAGCUACUGGGGGGGCAAGCAAUGCUGCUGCCCCCAAUGUCAACAGGAGAGUGACAGGUAUGACCCGCCUAGAGUUUAGCCGGGCAGUGCUCCAGCGAGCCAUGGGCUUUGUGCCUGGCGACCUGAACUGCCUGGUGAAGGUUCCGGGCAACGCAGAUAUCUUUGAGAUUAGUUUCAGGUCUGCAAACAUCCUGGAGAGGUUCUGGAACCUCUAUAGAGAGGGGAAGGGUAAGGCUCCCCUCAGUGUUUUUGACGUAGAGCCCCUGUCUGACAUCGAAAACAAGGUGGUCACUGUGCAGUUUUAUAACGAAGCUGUGCAGGACCACGAUGUGAGUACGUGGUUGAGCAGGUAUGGUCUUGUUAGAUCCGAAGCCCGGAGAGUCCUUGAUGAGGACGGAGUCUGGACCGGAGCCAGGAAAUGGCUGGUCCAACUCAAGCCCGACCCCUCUGCACCUGGGGGGGUAUGCCACAUCCCCAGCUCCAUCACGCUGGGGAGACACAGGGGGGUGGUGUUCUAUUACGGCAUGCCCAAGCUGUGCAGGAACUGCGGCGAGUUAGGUCACUUGGCCGCAGCCUGCACAGUGGUCAAGUGUAAGACGUGCGGCGGCGAACACGAGACCAGGGCAUGCCGUGACCCAAAGCCCUGUAACCUCUGCGGAGCGAGGGGGCAUCUCUUUAGAGAUUGUCCCCUCUCGUACGCGAACAGGGCUAGGAACACCGCGCCCCCUCCACCAUCUGCUGCCCCCCCUUCGGCCCCACCGCCUCCCCCGCCUACCCCCAUGCCACGCACCAGACCACCCACCCCUACCCCCUCCCAGCCUGGAAGCCCAACCCCACACGCACAGACCCCAGCACAAGACCCUACCCCCUGUAUCCCCACCGCCGGAACCCCCAACUCCACAGUGUCCCCUGCCUUAGAUCCCACCAACCCCGUCACUGUCACUGUCAAGGAGGAGCCUGACUCCGACACCCCCAUUGUGGUGUUGGAGUCAGACUCCUCAACCUCAGAAUCAGACACCAACACUCCGUGGCAAGAAACCAGAAAAAAGAAGGGCAAACGAAUUCGAUCACCCACAACAGCCAAACAACAACCCGGUCAACCUCCCAACCCAGCAAUAGCUCGACAGACAAUUAAAUCAACAAAAACAUUGAAACAGCUACACUCAAAAACGGUACACAAAACACAAGCUACAGCCAGGCCUGAGCCCCCUCCCCGCCCUACAAAACCACCCACACCACCGCCAGUACACUGCACAGAAAUUUUACACACCUCCACCACCACCCAAUUAAGAACCAUUAGGGACCAGCCAGCCUCCGGUCCAGACCCUGUUAAAGGAUCUGGAGCAUCAACCUCCUCUCAGGGCCCUCCAGGGACUGGGAGGAAGCCUGGGGCAAGAACACCUGCCCCCACCUCUCCAGGACGGAACCUCCCAGGCAGUCAGGAGGGGAGGCCUGUGGGUGCACAUGGUCCGGGGGUGAGUAGGCGCCUCAAUAAACAGGACAUAGUAAAUGAUAAACUCAACAAUAUCUGCAAACAAAUAGCAAACAGUAACAUAGGUAAAUAAAUCACACACAACAAUAAAAUUAUGGAACAUACAAUAACACUCUCAACAUUAAACACCCGUAGCAUCAAAGAUCCAUCAAAACGACAUACAGUAUUCUCCAUUCUGUCACAGGUCCCCUCAGACGUCAUCCUGCUCCAGGAAUGUGGCAUUCCUUUCCGGGAGUUGGAUGGCGUUCUGAGGGAGGAAUGGAGAAUGGGAGACUCUCUCUGGUCUGGCUCAAACAUCGCCAGAGCUGAUGGGGUCGGCACGUUGGUGAAAAAUCCCUACGUGCGUAUUACAUCUAGCAACGUCGUAGAGAGUGGGCGAAUCCUCGUCACCGACUUCGAUGUCGGGGGUUCCCCACUCAGGGUAAUCAACGUGUACGGCCCCACCAGCGUGGCCGAGAGGGUCUCCCUCUUUACAAAACUAUCCCCAUUAAUACACUGCACAAUGCCGGUUGUCGUGGGGGGGGAUUUCAACUGUGCUUUAUCAGAUGAGGACCGCAGCAGACCCAGACGGGACCGCUCCAGCGACCUGCUGCGGUCCCUCAUAGAGGAUUUCUCCCUCCGCGACGCCGGGGGCGCCUCUCCCCCCCAACACACGUGGAGGUGUGGUGGUGGCUGAAGAGGCGGAGGUCCGGGAGGUGGCCCGGGAGUUCUACGGGGGCCUCUAUAGUGAGAGUCCCUCCGAUGGGGCUCUCAUGGACACCUUCCUGGGCGGCCUUGACAGACGUCUGGGUGACGAGCUGAUGGACUCGGAGUUGAGCACCGAGGAGCUCACCCGGGCCGUGCUCUCCCUCAACCAACAUAAAGCUCCGGGUCCUGACGGAAUCCCAGGUGGACUUCCGAAAAAACAAGGACCUGGCGAGAGAGAAAUGGGGGUGGACCACUGGAAAGAACUUAUCAUAUAGUCCACCCCCCCAGGAGGGGCACGUGCUCUGCACACCACUCCCAAGCGCACGUAUUGUUUAACUUUUUAUAUGUUAUUUAUUGUUAAAUCUUAAAAUAAUUAUUGUCUUCGUGAGUGUUAUUAUCGAUAUAUGUAUUCUUGUUUUUGCAAUUGUCUUCUGUUAUCUUUUUGAGUGUUAUUAUGUUUCGUAAUUUUUGUAAAUGUCUAUGUCUAAAUGUGCUUUGGUUCCUGUUUUGAUGUUUUAAAAAAAGGAAAGUUUAAAAAAA